UUGAAAGUAUUCUAGAAGGCCUGUUUGGACCUGGAUUAUUAAAAGAUCUCAGUUUGUUUAAAGACUGUGAGCCUGAAGGUGUUUCUGAUUGGUCUUUUGAUGAAAAUUGUCUUUUCUGCUGCCUGAGAAGAGAAAAAGUGAAGGAACACUUAGUCAGUCUGGAUGAGCCAGCCUCGGAAGCUGGACAAGAAGCUCUGCUUAGACAAGAGCAAGCAAAAAUCAUUCGUUUUGAAAGGCAAGCGGAAGAGUUCCUCAAUGCAGUCUUUUACAGAAAAGACAGUCCUAGGGUCUCUGACCCCAAUAUUCCCCUAGUGGCCCGUGAGAUCAUGCAGCGAAUGAUCCGACAGUUUGCUGCUGAAUAUACCUCAAAAAAUAGCUCUACUCAGGACUCCAGCCAGCCCAAUAGCACAAAGAACCAAAGCCUGCUGAAAGCAUCUCUGGUCGCCUCCUCUCCCACGGCUGCAACUGCUCAGAACCCUGUGCUCAGCAAACUUCUCAUGGCUGACCAAGACUCACCUCUGGACCUUACUGUCAGAAAGUCUCAGUCAGAACCUAGUGAACAAGACGGUGUGCUUGAUUUAUCCACUAAGAAGAGUCCUUGCGCCGGCAGCACCUCUGUGAGUCAUUCUCCAGGGUGCUCCAGUACUCCGGGAAAUGGUGAGGAUGCAGCAGAGACAAUAGCAAUAGACUCUAACAAUCAGCCGAAGUCUCCACUGGAAAAGUUUAUGGUCAGACUGUGUACACAUCACCAGAAGCAAUUCAUUCGUGUGCUAAACGACAUAUACACUGAAGUACAACCAGACUCUGAAGGCCAGCAGUUGGCUGAAUCCGAGAGCAUGGAGGCCUCUACUUGUGGCUCUGGUUGUAGCCAGCGAAGCACUGAAAGUCAGGAUAAGGGUGCUACUUGUACUGAAUCAAAGCCCCCUUAUUCCUCGGACCCAGGACAGUCGGGGUCCGAUGGCCCCCUGCAUGUUACAGGACAAGCCCCGAAGCAGCCGGUGGAGCUGAAGUCUCUGGACAGAGCAGAGAGCUCCAGUCCUGCUUUGAGAAGGGACUUCUCCGAGCUCCCCGUCACCAGGCUUCGUUCUGCUAGUCCAAAGGAUAGCUCCACCCAAGGAUACCUCAGCACGUUGAACUCUUCCUCUUUGACUUUCCAUCAUGCCACAAAGAGCCUGGAAGGGCAGCAAGCUGCUGGACACGAGCAAGAAGCUGGUGUCAGAAAGUGUGAGGACAAUAAAGAACAGCUAGCAGGUAAGACUCUCGUGGAAGGUUAUAUCUCGGUCAAAGUGGCAAACGUGAAUGGCAGCGAGGACAGCUUAGAUGGCUGUCUGGGGUCCCAAAAGAGCUCUUUCAGAGCUCUGCCGGAAGAGUCCUGGGAUCCCGGCUUUGCGGUGACCCCACCUCGCAGAGCCGACAAAGAGAACACUUUGCAAUGCAGCUCGAAAGCAUCUUUGCACCAGGACUUAGACGCAAAAGAACAAGAUGCGAGACCAAAGCAAGAAAACCACCUGCAUGUCGUGGCCAAGGGCAAGGCAGGCUGCCACCUGCACCCGGCCGACAAGGGCCCGCUCGACAAGUCCAAAGAGGGCUGGCUGCCCACUGGUGCCACGCCAGCCGCCCACCGGACCCCCGGCGGGCACCCCCGCGCCAAGGUAGCCUCCCUCAGAUCCACUCGGAAAAGCAAGAAGGCGUCGGGGCUGAGGAUCAACGACUAUGACAACCAGUGCGACGUGGUCUACAUCAGUCAGCCCAUCACCGAGUGCCAUUUCGAGAGCCAGCGGUCGGUGUCAUCCCGCAAGACGGCAAGGAAGAGCACGCGGGGGUACUACUUCAACGGGGAGUGCUGCGAGCUCCCGACUGUCCGCACGCUGGUUAAGAGCUCCCGGGCGGAGGAGAGGGGGAGCAGCCCGGCACUGCGAACAGAGACCCUCGUAAGCACUAAGCCGCCCCUGGUGCUCUCGGUGGGGGGGUCUGCGAGGGCAGGACGGGAAGGUGAGAAGAGGGUUUCCCUGAGGCUCCUGGCUAAAGGGGCACCAACCAGCCGAGAAAUGAAAGAGAGAGCUGAGCCGGGCUCCGUGCAGCCCCGAGAUACCCGGGCGCUGCGGUCAAGGGAAGCUGCCAUGGCCGUGCCCUUCUUUUCCCUCUCUGCUCCACCCAGCCCCCAGAAAGAGGACAGCUUGGCUGGCUCGCCACCCCCCGGCUCCCCUCCCGCCGAAGGAGGGGGGACAAGAGCGGGAGGCACCAUCCCCUGGGAGGCUGGCAGCAGCCUGGGCUCCUCCAGGGACAGCAGCAGCAGUGGGCAGGCUGCCGAUUUUGCUGCCCUUCCCAUCUCAGAAGCACCCGGCGGGGAGAAAAGUUGCCCAGGCUCUGACAUACAAACUGAUCUGGACCUCGCCACCAGCCCGGAGCCAAAGUCCCCCUUGCAGCCCUCCACCGCUGUGGACACAGCACCCUUGGCCCAUGAUGAUGCCAGGGAUCCUGCCCAGCUUCCAGGUGCGGGAGACACGGAGCCCUGUGAGCUGCGUCUGGCAGAGCCCUCCCCACGCUCUCCAGGCUGGCAGGCUCCCGAUGAGCCCCCUGCCACCAUGGACGGGGCGAGCACCCCAGAGCCCCCUGCCACCUUGCAGUGUGUGGAUGUGAACAAAGGCGUCGAUGCUGAACCAGAAGCCGAAUCAUUGUGCACGGCGGGUGAUGGCUCCCUUGAGCAAGAGGAGGCUGUGCCGGCCAGCACAGCCCUCCCUGAAAUCUCGGAAGGGGAGGCAGUGCUGAAUAACAGCCCGGCAGGUGAAAAAGAGCCCACUGAAGGGGAAACGCCACCUGAACCUGACGGCUCAGACACUGCAGAGAAAGACUCUGUCUCUUCCAAAGACAGUCUAGACAAGAAGCGAAAGAAAGGCAGGAGAGUGCUUGUGGCAUCGGACCGGUGUCUCCGAAGCCAGCAAUCCCAGUCACCCGCUGAGGGCAGUGCUGAGGAUGCUGGUUCUUCCAGCUCUGUGCAGCUUCCUUGCCUUCAGAUCAAACUCUCCAAGAGCCCUGGCGCUAAGCGAUUCAAGAGAGAAGUGCACCUGGAUGGGGCAGCAUCCAUGCACUUCCCAAAUGACUGCUUCCCCAACACGCUGCUCAAAACCACCGAGGGGCCAGGCACCGGCCAGGCUCCAGAGAGCAUCACUGAGCAGCGGCCAGGCGAGGAGAAUGGUGUCACUACCAGACAAACCUAUAAAAGCAUCUUAGCGAAAGAGACUGUGGCAGAGGGAGAAAAUUCCUCUAAAGACGACCCCCCAGCUGAUGGCCACCAAAGUCAACCAGGUGAGAUGCUGGAAAUCAGCGUCCAGGCUGAUUCUGAGAAGCAAAGCAUUCUCCUCCCUCCGGAGAGCAGCAUGCCUGCAAAUGAUGCCGAGCAAGUGGAUGUGAAACCAGGCCAUGCCAGCGCAAAGGAUGAGGAGAGCUCCGACAGUGCCAUGGACACGGGCAAGCUGGAGAGCUACAAGCCGAUGGCCAAUUCACCUCCAUGUCCCAGCAGCAGAGGUGGAAGCAAGCAUCUUCCAGCAAAGGCUGCAAAGCAUAAAAAGGUCGCCCUGCAGUUUUAUAACUUAAGACAUGCACCCGCACCCACAGACACCGCAAAAAGGAGCACACCAGGGAAGGAGUCUAUGCAAGCGAUCCUCAAACUGAGGGACGAAUGCAGUUCAGGGAAUGACGACUCCCCGGCGUUGGAGGACAUAGACAUGGCUGACAGCAAACCAAAGUUCAUGGAGUGGUGUGCUGAAGAGGAGAACCAGGAACUCAUUGCCGAGUUCAACGCCCAGUACAUGAAAGUUCAGAAGGGCUGGAUUCAGCUGGAGAAGGAGGUGCAGCCAACCCCCAAGGUAAAGAACAAAGCCGACAAACUGAAAGAGAUUUGGAAAAGCAAGAAAAGGACACGGAAAAGUAGAGGCUCACUGGAAGUGCAGAAGCUUUCUCCUGUCCAGAUGCUGUUUAUGAAGGCCUUUAAGCUGUCCGACAUCUGCCAGUGGUUUCUGGAGACGACUGAAACCAGGUCUCUAGUGAUCGUGAAGAAACUCAACACCCGUCUCCCAGGGGAGAUCCCCCCCAUCAAAGUCCCCAUGCAGAAAUAUUCCUCUUCCAGUCUCUACCCCAGCUCACUGCAAGCCGAACGUUUGAAAAAACACCUCAAGAAGUUCGCCGCCACUACCCCAGCUCGGAAUAACCUGAAGAACCAAAAGCUUUGGGCCAAAAUUCGGGAGAACGCUGAUAAAACAGAGGCUGAAGAAGCCACUGCUCCCAGCCAGACGUCUCCCACCGACGCCGGCGCCGAGGACCUGAGUGAAGACAAAACCAUCCAGCCUGCCCCCAGCUUGCCCACGCAGGCCAGCACCAGGAUCCUGCGCAAGUACUCCAACCUGCGGGGCAAGCUGCGAGCCCAGCACCGCGUGGUGAAGGCAGAGAAGAAGAGUGACAGCCUGGGGGACCACCCAUCCCUGGAGAGCAAGCAGAGCCGGAAAAGCGUGUGCAUCAACCCACUGAUGUCUCCAAAGUUGGCCUUGCAGAUCAAAGCAGACGCCUUUCCUGCUAAAUCUCCAUCAGUGGACGGGGCGGGGAAGGGGCGGAAGGGGAAGAGCAGGUCCCAGGAGGACCCCUCACCCAAAGCUGAUCUCCAGCUCAGCAGGAAGAAGAGGACGCUGAAGGAGAGCGGGAGCACCCAGGAGCGGUCCGGCUCCGCCACCAAGGACAAGCUGCCUGCCAAGAAGGCCAGUAAAAUAAAGCAUUCGGAGGUCAGCGCAAAAGCUCCCGCCACCCGAAAGCAGGCUGCCAUGGAGAGGAGCAAUAAGCUGGCUAGAAAAAUGUCUCUGAAAGACAAGAGAGCCCCAAAAAGGCAGCUGGAGAAGGUGCGGCUCCCCAUGCGGAAAGGCAAGGAGAACACGAGCAGACGGGCCGUGCUGCCCCCUGGCCACGAGGAGCUGACCAAGUCCCCAAAGCAGAAGCCCCUGGGGGAGUCCUCCACGCGGUCGCAGAAGAUGGCCAACAAGAAGCCCAGCGGUGGGAAGACCCUGACGAGAUCCAUGAAGAAGAUGCAGGAGAGCAGCGGGUCGCAGGGCAAGAGGAAGCUGAGGGCAAAAGUGGACUGUUCGCACAGCAAGCGCUCGCGACUCGAUCCGAAAUAGCGAAGAACCGGUGGCCAUGUACAAAACUGAUGUAUAGUAGUAACCCUUUACCAUGCAUUAACUAAAGCUGCUUUUAUAAGCUGUAGCAAGCCUUUAAAAAUCCGCAGCUAAAGGAUAACGCCCGUGAUUUUAGGCAUCGGCAGAUGUGUCUUGGACAGAGAAGAGGUCGGCCUGUCUGGCUCUGCUGUUCAGAAGGAAGUUUCUGCAGUUUGAACGUUCCUUGGGUUUUUUUUUAAACUUGGAACCAGGCAGUUUUAGUUAAAAGUACAGUGCCUUAUUUAUCACUUUAAAAAUAAAAAUAAGAAGCUCGUCUGUGUGAUUUGGAGGCUUGCGUUUUAUACUUGAGGCACAAGCACUUGUACUGUAGCAGAAAGAAAACCACCUUCGUGCACAUGAAGUAGCUUUCGGCAGCCUUUGAGUGCACGCAAACAUUUCCCUUUCCUUCAGAGUCCUCCUUCUGUCUGUCUUCUUAGUGGCAUUUAAAGCAAAACCAAAACCAUUUCCCAUCACCGAGGGAGAGAAAGGCGAAUCUGUCCUUUGUCGGUUCGUUAGUAGCAGCUGCUGGUGUCCCAUACUGUUACCUGCAUAAAAAUAU